GCAAAGCGUGUGCAAAGACACCACAACCUCAACUCACAACCUCAUGGAUGGAGAAGCAAAAACUGUUAAUGUCUCACUUUCGUAUUGAAUCAAGAUAUUUGCUAUCACUGCAAUUAAAUUGCCAAAAAAAAACAAGCAUGUUUAGUGUGCUUUAAUUUCAAAGUGGAGUCAAACAGCUUUUUAUUUGGUCUAAUUUUUCUGUGCAUUUACAAGCGGCCACGAGAUGGCGCUGCGCUCUCACAUUGUUCUUGACUUUAGAGUGGAUGUUUGGGCCUUCAGUGAUGCAUUGUUGUGCAGGAAGCUGCGAGCCUACGUGACUGUCACUCCGUACAGCCUCUCCUCCGCCCUUCAUUAGCCCCGCCCACUCUCUGACGGUCAAAUACACGAUCUCCCUCUCAUCCUCAGGUGAGAUCUGUUGCUCGCUUCAUCACCUGGCAUUUCAAACUUUUUCACAUGGUGGAUUUUGUUACUUCUUAGGUAAAAAAAAAAAAAAAAAAAAAUUCUAAAAAAUCUACAGGUGUUUGGAAACUCUGCAAAGAUGUCUGGCUUUUUCCAGAUGUUGAAGAAGAGGAAGGAGCUGAUCCCUCUUGUAGGAUUUAUGGCUUUUGCUGCAGCAGGUGCUACAACUGCUUCUCUCUACUUUUUGUUUACCAAAUCGGACGUUAUUCUAAACAAGUCAUCCAACCCUGAACCAUGGGAAAGGCUGGACCCAUCCAAACCCCAAAAGCUUAUCACCAUCAAUCAGGAGUGGAAACCUGUGAAGGAGCUGGAGAUUGUGAGGUCCCUAACCAAGUAAAAAAAACAAAAAAUUCCAAUUAAAAUGCUAUAGGUCUAAAGAUCCAGAAUCCGACUUCAUGGCCCCCUCAUCAGUCUAACAGAAUCCUUUCUGCACAAACUAGGAUGUUUUCACGGUCAGUGUGCGGAAAUGCUUCUGCUUAACUGGUGGGGUUUCACCCUGCUCCUUAGCCGCAAAGAAGAGACUUCCAUCCACGUCAACCAAAGAUCUGUGACACACGUGUGAUCAUCGGUAAACGGUAGCUAUAGGAAUGUUUUCACUGAAAUCAGCUAUGAUUGUUGCAAUGAGCUUGUCGCACAAAUGUUCAGCUGUACUUACUGUCUGUUAAUGUUCUAUUUGAGUAUGUGUACCUGUACAGUGUCAAUAAACGAUUGUUCCAAGCA